AUGACGGCCAUAUUCGGGUGGGCCGUUCUGCUCACCCUCUUACCGUUUUUGGCAACGGCCGAUGAGCAGUUCCCAGAUGACCACACUGAUGUUCUGUUCACUAACAAAGUGAAAUUCGAAAGUCAUUUGAAAUCUUAUGAUCUCCCUACUCAUUUCAUAGCUGCUAAUGAGACAAAUCUUGUUCCUCUCAGUGCCAGAAAUUCUCGUCGGAAAAGAUGUUCAUGUGGCUGUUCCGGUUGUGACAUAUUCCCUUCAAGAACCUGCUGCUCUAGCUCUUGUUGCUCUUCCGAACCAUUGCCCCUGGCAUGUUGCCCUCCUCCACCACCACCCAAACCAUGUUGUCAGCCAGCGUUUGGUCCUUGUUGUCCAGCCACUCCUCAAUGCUGUCCCCGACCAUGUUGCCGUGGUCGCCGACCAGAAUACGAAGAGUACGAAACUGAAGACGAGUUACAUCCUCCUGUAGGGGAUACGCCACCAGCUCCUUCAAGUGCUCCAAGAUCGUGUUGUCCAGCAGCAGUACCUCCAUCACCUCCUCCACCACCACCUCCACCUCCUCCACCUCCAGAGCCUCCAGUUCAGUGCUGCGGAGGACAGCGAGAAUCUCGUACAGGAUGCCAGUCGAACUGUCCGGGUGGAGAUUGUGGAUGUGGACGGCCAUGUUGUUACUAUAAGAAUCCAGCGUGUUGCGAUCAAGUUACAGGAGUUCAGAAGCCAUGUUGUCCACCAGAUCCACCUCCACUCCCUCCUCUCCCAUGUUGUCCACAGAUAACUUUACCGCAAAUCGGUUGCUUAGCUACUGUUCCUCCUUGCUUGAGAUCGUGCCCAACUUGCCCAUGCCGCAAACGUAUAAUGUUGGGAGCUAGAUCCAAAAGAGAUGCUGGGCUUCAUUGCCAACCACAUAUCACAAAAAUAUAUAAAAAAGUUGUUGUGAAGGGCGCGAGAACCGCAACCGUUGCUCCAACUCCAAUUGCGCCCAGACACACUCAGCAAGACUCUUUCGAUCUGCCUAGAGCUGGAAGAUUGUACGCAGAGCAGCGAGCUCACCGUGUUAAGCGUGAUGGGUGUGGAGUAUGCCUCAAUGGUAAACGAAUUCUGAAAAGAGCCAAAAGAUCUUUGAAUUGUAUCAGAUGUGCAUAUUUGCAACCACAAUACUCGGAGAACAAUCCACUGCAACCAAAUCGGAACCCUACUUCUCCAGUUGGCAUUCCAUUGAAAAGAGAGAAACGAGGAGCCUGUCUUCCCCAUCCACAAUGCACUUUACACGUCCAUCGUUACAAAAGAAACUUGUUGGGAUCUCAGUAUUGUGAGCCUUGUCAGGGACAUUAUGGUCGUAAGAAGAGAGAAGCCGAAAUCGACCGUUGCCACACCGAAAGAAGAAAACGCGAGGCGACUUGUCAAGUGGAUGAGUUCAUGGUUUCACGAAUGAAGCGCCAAGCUUAUAACCCACAAGGAUUACUCGAUAUUGUUAAAGUUUUAUCUAAAACAGUAGCUUCUGAAGGAGCCGGUGGUUGCAUGAAGUUCCCAGCUUGUGUUCUGGCUCAGAAACGCCGCAGAAAGCGCCAUGUAGAUCGAGUCGAACAGUAUCAUAAGGCUGUCGCUGAGUAUAAACAAGCUAUGGAAGAACACAAGAUCAAGCUGGAAGAACAUGCCCGUGUCAAAAGACAAUUUUUCGCCCCAGAUGCAGCAGGGGGUUGUGUACCUUGUCCAGCUUGGGUUACCAUGGCUCUAGCCAGUAGAAAGAAGAGAGACGACGGAGAGGAGAAACACAUCUCAUUGAAAGAUGCCAUAGCUGACAUUCGUCGACGUAAGGGUUAUGAUAGCGGCUUUGGGGGACAUGAUGAUUCUCCUAGAAGACGACAACGAUGUGAUCAGACAGAGGAUUGUUUGAAUGAAGUCGAAUAUGCUAUUUUCCAGAAAGUGUACCAUAAGAGGACUAAGAGAGAUGCUGUGUUCCGUAGGAAGAAGUGUGAGCGAUGUGGAUCAGGAUUCAAUGGACGACGUACAAAGAGAGCGUUCGGAGGACCUCUGAUCAAUGCUUCGGAGCAAAACUGCAUGGCAUUCCCUCAAUGCCGACACCGAGUCAAGCGAAAUCUAUUUGAAGAUUGCAAUGUGUGUACCGCACAACUAGACGGACUUAGGCGUAGAAAGAAAAGAAACUUCUUUGGAGGGCCAGUAGAAUGCUAUCCCUGUCCAGGAACCGGCAAAUAA